GUCGAGGAAAAGGCUGGUUUUGCUUCUAGGAACACGGACGUCUUUGCGGAGCUCCAAAAUGUCAAAGGCUUCAAGUACCUGGAAAGAAUUAGAAACUAUAUUAUUGAUUGAAGUAAUACAUAAUAUCGCUGGAAGAUGUGUGACUUAAUUGCUACAACGAUUCUCAAGGUGGCCGGUCGACAGCAAGUCGAACGUAUAUAGGACGGUCCACUUUAUAUUUAGAUCAGUACACUGCAAGAUUACAUGGGGUACAAAACUCCAAGUAUACAAGUUCCGUUGGUUUUCGAUCAUUCGAAAAAUUUCUAUUGAGCAAAAAUUUAGUUUAUUCUAAUUGAAAAUAUUUGUGUUGAAACGAUGAGAUCUCUCGAUAUCUAACUGUCAUACCUUAUUUAUUACAUUGCAGCAAAUUAUUUAUUAAAAUGUAUCGUUUCUUUUGGGCUGCAUUGAUCUUGUUAGUACUGGCUGCUCCUAGUUGUAGUAUUACGCGAUAUAUAAAAGUUGGAGCAAUUUUUCACAAAGGCGAUGAAGAUCACAUAUCUGCGUUCUUGAAAGCAAUUUCUGAGACGAAACAGGAACAGUUUGCGCCCGCAUUUGAACUCAUUCCUGUCACCAAGUAUAUAGACAUUGAUACCGAUAGCUUUAAAACUGCUGUAGCCGCUUGUGAGCUUCUCAAGGAAGGUGUGGCAGCCAUUUUUGGACCUGCAAGCAUACAUACUCGUGGAAUAGUCGCGAGCAUUGCAGCGCGAUAUGACAUACCGCAUAUUGAAUAUGUUUGGCGGGAUAAUGAGAAACUACGUGCGAAUAAGAAUCCGCCGACAAUUAUAAAUGUGUUUCCAGAUAGCGAGACAGUCAGCCAGGCUAUCGCUGACAUAGUGGAGUCGAUGCAGUGGCGAAGUUUUGCGGCAAUUUACGAAAACGAGGAUGGAUUAUCGCGUUUACAGAAGACUUUAACGCUGAAACGAAAUAAGGAUAGUCCUAUUACGGUACGACAGCUAGGCGAAGGACCGGAUUAUCGCUCAAUGCUUAAGGAGAUACGUUCUUUGUCGAUUUGCAACGUAAUCAUCGAUGUCACGCCUCACAAACUCAUCGAGGUUCUCUAUCAAGCAAAGGAAGUCAAAUUAUUAGCAGAUUAUUGCAAUUUUAUUAUAACGUAUUUGGAUGCAUCCAAACUACCUAUUUUUGAAGUACGAAAUGGCACUACAGCCAACAUUACUGGAUUGAGCUUGAGAGAAACCGAUGUGGAAGGAAUUAAUUGGUUAGACUCGGCGAUUCUCUAUGACGCAGUAUUUUUGUUUGACAAGGCACUGAAAGCUUUGAAUGCGAGGAAUAUUAAUAAUGAGGAAUCUCUAGUCGUUGAUCCUGGACCACUUUCUUGUGACGAAAACAAUAAGUAUCAAGCAGGACCUAACAUUACCAACAUUAUGCGAGAGAUAUCGAAGGCAGGGAAGAUAACAGGAAUUAUGAAUUUUGACGCAGAUGGCCGUCGACGAGACUUUAACAUCUAUAUAUUAGAUUUUCGACAACCAAAUGUCACGAAAACGGCAUAUUGGGACUAUGAUGGUGUGCAUCGUGUGCACACUGAGCAGGAAUUGGAAAGCUAUUUAUACAAAUCCAUUCAAGAGAAGACGUUCAAGAUUACCACUAGAGUAGGUGCACCAUAUGUGUCUGAAGUGACCGACGGUUCAACGCGUGGUAUUGUGAUUGAUCAAAAACGUUAUGAAGGCUACUGCAUCGAUCUGAUUGAAGAGAUCGCCAAUUAUUUGGGCUUUAAGUUUGAAUUCGAGCUUGUUCCGGACAAACAAUACGGAACGUUGAAUCCAUCAACAAAAACUUGGAAUGGCCUAAUUAAGCGCCUUUUGGAUCGUGAUGCUGAUCUCGCGAUAUGUGAUUUGACCGUAACAUCUCAAAGGGCUUCAGCAGUUGAUUUUUCUCUCCCGUUUAUGAAUCUCGGUAUUAGCAUCUUAUUUAGCAAACCGGAAGAAAAAGUACCCGAUUUAUUUUCCUUUCUUCUUCCGCUGAGUGCGGAUGUGUGGAUUUACAUGGCGACUGCUUAUUUAGCUGUAUCGAUUAUGUUGUUUCUUCAAGCUAGAAUGGCACCCGGCGAAUGGGAUAAUCCACAUCCAUGCAAUUCCGAUCCUGAAGAACUGGAAAACAACUUUAAUUUGACAAAUUCGUUGUGGCUUACUAUUGGCUCGCUCAUGCAGCAAGGGUCAGAUAUACUACCCAAAGCACCGUCUAUCCGCAUGCUUGCGACGAUGUGGUGGUUCUUCACAUUGAUAAUGAUCUCCUCGUACACGGCCAAUUUAGCCGCAUUUUUGACCAUGGAUAAGAUGGAAACGCCAAUUAAAGGGGUUGAAGAUCUGGCAAAACAGACAAAGAUUAAGUACGGAUCCGUAAAAGGAGGCUCAACGUCGACCUUUUUUCAAGAUUCAAAUUACUCGACAUAUAAGAGAAUGUGGGCAGCAAUGUCAGAAUGGAGGCCAAGUGUAUUCACCGGUAGUAAUGAUGAAGGUGUCGAACGGGUUAUUAAAGGUAAACGACAAUAUGCCUUCCUCAUGGAGUCGACUUCUAUUGAGUAUCGCAUGGAACGAACUUGUGAAUUAGAUAAAAUAGGCGGUCUAAUUGACAACAAGGGAUACGGGAUAGCCAUGCCGCGCAAUUCACCAUAUAGAGUGCCAAUCAAUAAUGCCAUUUUGACAUUGGGAGAGAAAGGCACCUUACAAGCAUUGAAAAAGAAAUGGUGGCAAGAAAUGGGUGGUGGAUUGUGCGUUAAGGAUGAUGCUGAAAAAAGUGUCAAUACGGCCGAGUUGGGGUUGGCAAAUGUCGGGGGUGUCUUCCUCGUUCUUAUGUGCGGUUGCGGUGCUUCGUUAGUUACCGCCAUUUGUGAGUUUCUUUGGAAUAUACGGAAAGUUGCUGUGAGGGAAAAAAUUACGCCAAUGGAAGCGCUAAUAGCAGAGUUGAAAUUUGCCGUGAAUAUUUGGGCAGAAACAAAACCCGUUAAAAUCGCCAAAAGCAGCAGUAGCGCAAGUUCUAUGGAAGGUGGGCUCGGCAGAGCUGCGUCCACUGCUCGAUCUAUUGUUGGUUCCUUCUUACGUCUUGAUAUGCUUGACAAAUUUGAUAAAGAUCACAACACAAACGAUCGUAAAAUUAAUUAAACAUUGUCAGAUAACUUAAAAUUCAGAUUUUGGAAAGAUAUAGAAUUCUAUAAAAACAGUUGUUAAAUAUGUAUUGGAAUUUAUUAGAACUCAACAAUGUAUUUUCUAUGUAUAUCAGUUUUUUAUUCUAAUACAAAACAUUUUUGACAUAAUAUAAUAUAAUUACUAAA